AUGAUUCCCAAUCCAUGGACAAUGGGGGCCGAGUCGCUAGAGUACAUUAACGGUCUUCCCCCCGACCAGCAGCAGCCUGCGCUCCUUUCGCUCGACAGCUACUACUACAACUCAAUGAAGGUUCCCUGCAUAACGUCCUUUGUCGUGUACGGCUUGUUCGUCAUCCUCAUCCUCGCAACCGCUUUCAACAAUCUGCUGGCCUGGAGCUGCCCCUCCGCGCACAUUCGCACAAAGCAAAGGCUGCGAGUGCUACGUGCUUAUGUCUGGGAACACCCUUUGGUGCAACGCAAACACGCCUCUGUGGUUUCGUUGCCUGGGCUACGCUGGCUGACACUUCAACUGCCUUUGCGCGGCGAAGGCAUAAUCGUCUUGGCUCUGUGCCUCAUCAACUUUUUGCCUCUUGUCGCGUUCUACCAGCUGCUGGAGCCCAUACCAGGCUCGGACACCAUCUCGAGCAAAUCGGACCAAAUCCUGCGCGGCUUGGCUGAUCGAUCCGGUCUUCUUGGAACAGCGCAGCUCCCGCUUCUCAUCCUCAUGGCCAGCAAACGUACGCCUCUGGCGAUUGUCUCAGGGCUCGGUCCGAACAGCCUGAUGCUGUACCAUCGCUGGAUCUCUCGGUGGUUCUGGAUUCAUAUUUUCAUUCACAGCGUCGCCUACACGGUUAUCUACAAGCAGCAACCGGAUGGCAUCUCAGGAAUGCUAAAGGAAACGUACAUCCGAUGGGGCGUCGUUGGUACGGCCAUGGGGUCCGGUCUCGUCUUCUUGUCGCUUCGAGCUCUUCGUCAACGUCACUAUGAGGUCUUUGUCAUGUUCCACAUCGUCAUGGCGUUCUUUGCCAUCCUGGGCACGUACUUUCACAUUGCCUUGAUCGAAUACGGUCCUUACGGCGCAUUCAAGGUGAUGACCGAGCUUGCUGCCAUCAUGUGGGCUUUCGAUCGGGUUGUUCGCCUUGCAGUGCGUUUCUAUCUCUCCUUUUCGUUGGCAUCGCGAUCAGACAGGUCGGCCAGCACCAAGAAAGGACUGACCGUGAUCGAGUGUGCACAAGGUCAGAUCCGCGCCUUUGGCAUCAACUCGAACUACGUGCGGCUUCGCAUCUCUGUGCCAGUGAACAAACUCCGCUUUGUCGAUCAGCCUCGUCAGCAGUCACUGUUCGGAGGUGUUGGAGCCGGCGACGAUAUUCGCGUCACCAUCCCACGUCUGCAGUGGGUAGGAGAACAUCCUUUCACCGUCUUUGCGGUCGGCCUGAACAAGGAGGAUCCGUCGCAAGGCUAUAUCGAACUGCUGAUCAAGGCCGCAGGUGGACUUACGCGCAAGCUGGCCAACCAAAUGAUCACUUCGACCGCGACGGACGGCCAAGACAAAGAUGUCGAGCUGGCUGGAUCGCCCGCAGAGCCGAAGAGCCUCGCCAUGCUGAUCGAAGGACCUUUCGGAAGGGUGCCAGAGAUCCACGAGUCGACCACCGACCUUGUCUUGGUGGCUGGAGGCAUCGCCAUCACCUUCUGCUGGCCACUGUUUGUCGCAGCUUUCAAGUCGAGCCUCAAAGCUUCCAACGCAUCUAAGCUCGCCACUUGCAAGCUGGUAUGGAUCGUCCGACAGGAGAGCACCCUCACACUGCUUGAAGAGGCUUUCGACGAACUGGUCAAACACGUUCAGGUCGAGCAAGGUAACAAACACUGCCAGUUCGCCUUGGACAUCUACGUCACAUCGACUGCUUCGUCUCCGCUAGUUGGCUCGGCUGCGGCGUCGAUCAAAGACAAGGGAGCUCUCGAAUCGCCUCAAUGCCAGCAGGGGUCAAUUUCUCGAACCGGGAGCGAGCUCCCCGACGAUGUGGCCGAGCUUCCGACCUUGGCACACACGGAAGCGGCGACUCGCGGCGAAAAGGGGCAGGUCUGCUUGUUCUCCGACGGUGUCGAAGGAGAUUUGAUCAAGACACACAGAUUCAGCGGCGGCCGACCCCAGAUCUUGUCUGCAACGCUAUUCGGUCACCUGGAUCAAGAAGCGCUGGCACGACAGCCCGGUCAAAAUUUGACCGUCGCAUUCUGCGGACCGUCAAGCUUGUGUGACGACGUCAGGCACGAGACGGUCAGCCUGCUCAAGAAGGGCAUUCAGGUCGAGCUUGUGGAAGAAUGCUUCACUUGGUGA